GAGAUGAAGGAGAUGGAUGGAUAGAUAGGAAACCAAAAAAUAUCACAUUUCUAGAGAGAGAGAAACUUCAUUAAGGAAAAAAAAAAACAGUGAGAGAGGAGAGAUCUCUGAGUUAAGUAACGAGUUUGGAGGAGGGAUUAGCUCGACUCGUGGUGUGGAGGCCAGUCACUGUUUCAAAGAUUAAGAUCGUUACCUCUCGAUCGGGUAUCUUGAAAUUGACGUUAAUUGUUCGAUUUAAUCCUCUCCUCUCUCCAUCGCUCUUUAAAGCCUCAACUUUUAACUGCUGUUUUUGUGAAAGAGAAAGAAAGACCUAAUUGAUCGGUUUGGCUUGCGGAUCUUUGUUUGGAUGCUGCUUUGCUUCCUCAGAUUUUAUCUCUGUGGAAGCUUUAACUUCGUGUAAAUGGAACUAACGCUAGCACUAUGGAAGGCGUUUGGGAAAUAGCGAAGCAAUUAAAGCAUCGCCGACUUUGAUUUAAUUUCAUAGUUGUUAGUUUUGAAGUUGUAUGGUGAAGCCUAAAAGCCCUAAUCUCGGAAGUUUGGAACCUUCGAAAAAAAUAGAAUCUAAAAGAUGCUGUUAGGGAGAUUUGAGGUGGAGUUGUUCUGUUAAAUUUUAUGUUUUUAGUGUUAGGGUUAUGAUGGAGGUAAUCAUAGCUUAAGGAUAGAAACUGAAAGACAGAGUAUAGUACUAUGGAGGAUCUUUCCAAGUAUGCCCAUAGUCCUGUCCAUUUAGCUGUUGCCCAACUUGACUAUGCUGGGCUUAGGCGCAUUAUCUCGACUCUCCCUCAGCUUGCCAAGGCUGGCGAGGUUAAUACUGAAGCUGAAUCUCUUGAGGCUGAGCUUCAGGCUGAUGCUGUCUCAGCAGUCAUAGAUCGUCGUGAUGUCCCAGAUAGGGAGACUCCACUGCAUUUAGCAGUGCGUUUGCGAGAUCCAAUCUCAGCUGAGAUUUUAAUGGCAGCUGGAGCAGAUUGGAGCCUUCAAAAUGAGCAUGGCUGGAGUGCUUUGCAAGAAGCAGUAUGCACAAGGGAAGAGGCAAUUGCUAUGAUCAUUGCCCGACACUACCAGCCACUUGCUUGGGCAAAGUGGUGUCGUAGACUUCCCAGGAUUGUUGCUUCAGCAGCCCGUAUCCGUGACUUUUACAUGGAGAUAACUUUUCAUUUUGAAAGUUCUGUUAUUCCGUUUAUUAGUCGCAUUGCACCAUCAGACACUUACCAUAUUUGGAAGCGAGGUUCAAAUCUCCGUGCAGAUAUGACACUUGCUGGAUUUGAUGGGUUCCGUAUUCAAAGAUCAGACCAAACAUUUAUGUUUCUAGGGGAAGGAUACACUUCUGAGGAUGAUAAUCUCUGUCUUCCUCCGGGCUCUUUGAUUGUUCUUUCUCAUAAGGAAAAAGAAGCUACAAAUGCUUUGGAGGGGGCUGGUCAACAACCAACAGAAUCGGAGGUUGCUCAUGAAGUAGCAUUGAUGUCCCAAACGAAUAUGUAUAGGCCUGGUAUUGAUGUUACUCAGGCUGAGCUUGUUCCUAGUUUGAAUUGGAGGCGACAAGAGAAAAGUGAGAUGGUCGGGAACUGGAAGGCAAAAGUUCAUGAUAUGCUUCAUGUGACGGUGAGUGUGAAGUCAAGGAGGGUUCCUGGUGCAAUGACUGAUGAAGAGCUUUUUUCUGUAGAUGACGAAGAGAGGAUGGAAAAUGGCGGCGAAAAUGAUGCGUAUGAUGAUGUAUUAACAGCCGAAGAACGGAUGCAACUGGAUUCGGCACUUCGUAUGGGAAAUUCAGAUGGCCUUUGUGAUGAUGUCGUGCAUGGAGUCACUGACUGCGAAGAAAAUGGUUCAGGAGGUUCCCAUGAAAAUUGUGAAUCAAAUGGUGUUGCUAAGGAUAAGAAGAGUUGGUUUGGCUGGAAUAAGAAAGGCUCGAAGAAUAGUGAUAGUCCCGAGGAUUCAAAGAUUUUGAAGAAGUUCUCGAAAUUGGCCCCUGAAGGUAGCAGCAAUCAGAGACAAGUUGAUAGACACAAAUCAUCUUCAGAAAUUUCAAAGGAAGAUGUUGAUGGCAAGAAGGGUAAAGAUAAAGGCAGCAAGAAGAAGAAGAAGGGCCCCCCUAAUGAUGCUAAACAUGAGAGUGAGUACAAAAAGGGCUUAAGACCCGUUUUGUGGUUAACACCAGAUUUCCCUUUAAAGACAGAGGAACUUCUGCCUUUACUCGACAUAUUAGCCAACAAGGUCAAGGCUAUAAGAAGACUGAGAGAGCUUUUGACUACUAAACUGCCCUUGGGUACAUUUCCAGUCAAGGUUGCCAUACCGAUUGUCCCAACUAUUCGGGUACUUGUCACUUUCACGAAAUUUGAGGAGCUUCAACCUAUGGAGGAGUUCUCAACGCCUCUUUCCAGCCCUGCCCAUUUCCAGGAUUCCAAGUCAAGAGAAUCAGAGGGUUCAACAUCAUGGAUUUCAUGGAUGAGAGGGGCUCGUGGUGGCCAGGCAAGUGAUAGCGACAGUCACCGGUAUAAGGAUGAGAUCGAUCCUUUCCACAUACCCUCCCACUAUACCUGGGUCGAUGCCAACGAGAAAAAACGUCGUAUGAAAGCCAAAAAAGCGAAAAGCAAGAAGCACAAGAGGCAGGCCCCAUCAGCAGCAGCCAAAGGUGGGGACGGGGGCCAGCAGGGGAAUGAAGAGGUGGAAGAAUAAUUUUACACGGUCGUUAUUUCAGCCCCCUUCAAUGGCAUCAGCUGCAGACAAAAGGUAAGGCAACUCCCUGUACCCAUCUGACAUUUGGAAUUUCAUUUUCAGAAUGAUUGGUAGAGAGAUCACUGUGAUGUCUUCUUGUGUCGUUGUAUUGUUAUAUGAUUUGGAAUGGGGAGGGACGGAUUCUGCUCAUUUGAUUUCUUUAAAUAGCUUUGUUUCAAAUUCUAAAUUUUCGUGGACAUGAAAAUCUUUGUAUGCAAGUCAUUGAUCAUCAAGGUAUUUUUUUGGG